UAUUGUCACUUGCGCUACCUAAUUCAGCUAAUCGAAGGAGCCGUUGUCCCAUCUGGGCAUAGACGAUAUCCGCACCGGGAACGAGAGCUCAACAGCGGGGCCAGCCAACCACCAUUGGGCAAUGGCGUCUGGAAUCCGGACCCAGUGGUCAUUCUCAUGCAGCUUAGUAAAGACGACGCAAGGAGAUCACCGGUGUCUGCAACGGGAGUAGUCCAUAUCGUGGCCUCAGAUCAACAGUGACCGCCUGUGGGCCCGUAUUUCUUUCCAGUUCUUCGUUUUGAAACUUCCUGGGAUGGAGGCAUGGAGCCGACCGGUGAUCCUGCCUUCUCUGUCUAUAUAUUGCGUCCUUGAGAUAGUACACUUCACAGCGUCCGUUCCCUGCCACAGAGAAACGAACUCUCUUGAGUACCACAAAAAAAAACAUUGGCAUUCUUUGUAGUAGAGCACAGAGCGAAGCCGUCAACGAUGGCUUCCGCUCCGCUGCCGGCGGCCAUCGAGCCCGGGAAGAAAGGCAACGUCAAGUUCGCCUUCGCCUGCGCCAUCCUCGCCUCAAUGACCUCCAUCCUUCUCGGCUAUGAUAUCGGAGUGAUGAGCGGCGCGUCGUUGUACAUCAAGAAGGACCUGAAAAUCAGCGACGUGAAGCUGGAGAUCCUGAUGGGCAUCCUCAACGUGUACUCGCUCAUCGGCUCGUUCGCGGCAGGGCGGACGUCCGACUGGAUCGGGCGCCGCUACACCAUCGUGUUCGCGGCGGUGAUCUUCUUCGCGGGCGCCUUCCUCAUGGGCUUCGCCGUGAACUACUGGAUGCUCAUGUUCGGGCGCUUCGUGGCCGGGAUCGGCGUGGGCUACGCGCUCAUGAUCGCGCCCGUGUACACGGCCGAGGUGUCCCCCGCGUCGGCCCGCGGCUUCCUGACGUCGUUCCCGGAGGUGUUCAUCAACUUCGGCAUCCUCCUAGGCUACGUGUCCAACUACGCCUUCUCCCGCCUCCCGCUCCGCCUGGGCUGGCGCGUGAUGCUCGGCAUCGGCGCGGCCCCGUCCGUGGUGCUCGCCCUCAUGGUGCUCGGCAUGCCCGAGUCGCCCCGGUGGCUCGUCAUGAAGGGCCGCCUGGCGGACGCCAAGGUGGUGCUGGGGAAGACCUCCGACACGCCGGAGGAGGCCGCGGAGAGGCUCGCUGACAUCAAGGCCGCCGCCGGCAUCCCGCAGGAGCUCGACGGCGACGUGGUGGCCGUGCCAAAGAAGCGGGACAGCGAGGAGGCGCGGGUGUGGAAGGAGCUCAUCCUGUCCCCGACCCCGGCCAUGCGUCGCAUCCUCCUCUCGGGCAUCGGCAUCCACUUCUUCCAGCAGGCGUCCGGCAUCGACGCCGUGGUGCUGUACAGCCCGCGCGUGUUCAAGGCCGCCGGCAUCACCAGCGACAACCAGCUCCUGGGAACGACCUGCGCGGUGGGCGUCACCAAGACGCUCUUCAUCCUGGUGGCCACGUUCCUGCUCGAUAGAGUCGGCCGGCGGCCGCUCCUCCUGAGCAGCGUGGGCGGCAUGAUCUUCUCGCUGGUCGGGCUCGCCGCCGGGCUCACCGUCAUCGGGCACUACCAGGACGAAAAGAUCCCAUGGGCCAUCGGCGUGGCCAUCGCGUCUACCAUGGCCUACGUGGCCUUCUUCUCCAUCGGCCUCGGCCCCAUCACGUGGGUGUACAGCUCGGAGGUAUUCCCGCUGCAUGUGCGCGCGAUGGGCUGCGCGCUGGGCGUGGCCUCCAACCGCCUGACCAGCGGCGUGAUCUCCAUGACCUUCAUCUCGCUGUCCAAGGCCAUCACCAUCGGCGGCGCCUUCUUCCUCUACGCCGGCGUCGCGGUGCUCGCGUGGGUGUUCUUCUUCACCUUCCUCCCGGAGACCCGCGGCCGGACGCUGGAGGCGAUGAGCAAGCUGUUCGGCGCCACCGACGACGAGCUGAAACCCCAGGACGGGGCCACGAAAGACAAGCAGAAGCUCGAACUGGCCGCCACCGGCACCAACUAACUUCACAUUAUUAGAGGGUCUUGUUGAGGGUGGUCGUGCGAAGAACUUGUGCAGUAGGCAGCUAGCUAGCUAGCUGCCAUUGUUGCCAUAUGAGCUAAGCUAGGCUGAAGCAACGUGGGAAGAUUCGCUCGCUGGUCCGGCGCAGCUGGAGAGCGACGGCCAGCAAGCUCAGGCCGGCCAGCUCGUGGCUCUUAAAGUUUUUUAAAUCAUGUCUCUAAGUUCGUGGACUGUAUUUCACACUUUGUUUUGCCCGCAAGUUGUUGAUGAAGUCGCCGAGGCCGCCAAUGGCAGGUGCCCAGGUUGCUAGUAACGACACGUCGUCCUCUAAUGACUAUAUAAUCUGUGUAGCAGCUGGUGCUGCUGCUGCUGCCU